AUGUCCUUCCUCACGCAACUGCACGUCGCUGCAAGGGAUGGCAACCAAGAGAAGGUCGAGGAGAUACUGGAAGGGAAGAACGGCCAGGUGAAGGUCUCGAUUGACGCGAUCGAUGCGAGUGGUCAGACGGCGCUACAUCUGGCGGCGAAGUGGGGGAGGCUACCCGUGGUCAAGGUGCUCAUCGAUUCAGGCGCGAACCUGGAGAUCAAAGACCGUAAGGGCCGGACUGCGAUGGAUCUGGCUAACGACUCCGGCGUGCAAUCCCAGCUGUCAAGGAGAUCAACCGAGAUCAUGAAGAAAGUUGAGUCGUUCCAAAAGGAGAAGCGGAAAAGGGCCCUACUGCUGCAAAAGAAGCAGUUUCUUACUCUCACGCACAGGGAACGUUUGGAUGACGAAGGGGUAUGGGAUAUGAUGAGGCUCGAAAAGGAGCUGGAGGGCGUGGAGAUCGUUGAAAGGGUUGAAGAGGAGCGAUGGGAGGAGCUGAACAACUAUAUGAAGGAAAGACCGCUGGAGUUGAAAGAAGCCGCCUUCCAAGCUGGCGUGCAGUCCCUGAGGCGAGUACCUUGUUGUGCAGCCGUGAAGAAGAAAACAAAAGAGGAGGCAAAGCGGGCUUUGGAAGAGUCGCGGCAGGAGGAGAUCAGAAGGAACGAGGAAAGGAGGGCGGCGGAGCAGCUGAAAGAAGAAAAGAGGGCUCAUAAGGAGCUCAACCGGGAGCGCACAUGUGGAAGAUGUGGUCAAGUGUACACCAACGCUACCAACCGGCCGGGAUUUUGCAUGCACACUGGGAAGUGGGCGAACUGGGGAACGGAUCGAAAUGUCAGAGCAGCAUAG